AACUUUUAAAACAGUCACUCAAGAGUCACGGAAAAAAGGCUCGCAGCUUUAAAGUAGUGUAUUUAUAUUUUUAACUGAAAUUACUUGGUUAUCGCAUAUCGUGCACGUUACGUCGUUACGGUUUCAACUUCUUUUUCCUCCUUUUCAAACGUACUACGUCGUCGUUGUUACACUACACUGUACAGAGCUUGCGUUUGCCUUCUUUCUAUAAUUUAAUAGUGUAUAAAGCCGUUUGACGGGGCACUUUUUAGGCUUAGUUGCGUUGCAAUUCUUGCCCGAGGUGGAUCUCCCCAGUACGCUAGUAGUGCUCCCUAAGUGACUGAACGAAAAGCGCGCGCGAAUUGUGAAGAUUUAGUGACAUUUUUGUGACCAGUGAAAAAAAAAAAACUCGAAGAACUCUAGCGAAAACUGCUGAAUUUUAAAGGGUUACCUAUUGUGCAUUUUUUUGUUUGGUAGUGAAUCGAGCAAAAUGUCGCCCCAGAUCAAGAACAUCCCGCGCCGUCAGGCGAUCCCGAUCCUGUACACCCGAGGAACUCACUACGACGUUGGGUACGAUGUGGGUCGCACCUUUGCAGCGCUCAUCAAAAACUUUCUCCAGCUUUCUGGACCGUUGAACGACACGUACUUGCCACUCUACAAUACGGAUGAAGGAAGAAAGGUGUACAACGCCACACUGGAGACGGUUAAGAAGUCGUUUCCGCAGUACAUCCGCGAGCUGGAGGGAACGGCCGACGGUGCACAGGUCGAGUUCCACAAGCUGUUCCUGCUGCACAUGGACGAUAUUUUGCCGGUGGCCGUCGAGGGUCGGAACAGCAUCAACCAACCCAUCGGAUGUUCGACCAUCUGCGUCAACGAGCCCGAUUGCGAAAUCCUGGCCCACACGGAAGACGCGCUGAGCGAGGUGCUCAACCAUUACUACUUCGUUUCGGCUCACAUCGUGUCGGACUCUCCCCAGGGUCGCUACAACGUAACCGAGGAACGCUUCACGUCACUGUGCUACGCCGGACACCUGCCUGGCUACACCAUGAACUACAACCAUCAUGGGCUGGUGUUUUCAAUCAACACGCUGAGUGCGGCCCGUCUUCACGGCGGUAAAACUCCUCGACACUUUAUUACACGUGCUCUGCUGUCGGCGGAAAACUUUGUCCAAGCGCAACAAAUUCUGCGAGAUAACGGAGUUGGAGCUGCCGACGGGUGUUCGGUUAAUAUGACCUUCUUGAAACAAGAAGGUGACCGUCUGUUCCACAACGCCGAGAUGGGCCCGGCCGAACGGGACCAGUCCCAGCUGAACAUCCUAACCGUUAGCCCCGGCGAGUACAGUACACACGCCAACAUGUAUCUCCGGCUGCCGGUGCCCGAGGUGAAUGGCCUUAUUAUCGAUUCCAGCGUGGAGCGUAUGAAGACGUUUAACGCGUUCAAAGCGCCAAAAACGUUGAACGACGUGAUCCGGAUGCUGGGCGAUCAGAGCGCCCAGGAGCACACCGUGUUCCGCGAGAAGGACGCCAAGGACAUCAUCAAAACGGUGUGCGUGGGAAUCUUCGACUGCAAGCGCCGCACGUGGUCACUGUACUCGGACAACCCGAAGUUUAAUGCGCCUCUCGUGGUGAUGCCGCUGGUGAUCAAGGAUUAACUCUUUUUUUGUUUUAAUUAUAAUUUCGGAUUCGAAGGGCUUUGUGCAUUUAAGGAACAUAGUACAUACACAUUUUGGAGCCAUUUAGGCCAAAACAACGUCUACGGGACGCACGUUGUUUGUUCAGAUGGACUACAUACUUGAACAUUGUUUUAUUAUCUAUUCGUUAUAUUUAUAAUUAAAGUAUACGUUAGCUUUACGCA